AUGAAUGUAAACAAUAAGGUGCGCUUAGUAGAUGAAAGCGCUUGGAUUGGUGUGGUGAAUGCUGUUGAAGCUAACCGAGGGCAUCCUUUGUCUAGCUCGGUUGCAAUGAUCAUAUGGUCUGUACUGGUGGUGCUUGCUAUCCUGUCGAGGGAUGCUCUAUGUUUGGAAUCGGUUCGUCACGGUGAUGAUCCCUUUAACGAUCAGUUCCUGGCUCAAGUGCUAGCCCAUGCCAAAACAUGGACUCCGGAUACUUCGUUUCGAGCAGGAAUCCGUUUUGAAACUUUUCGCAACCUACAUGGAAUCUAUCCCAGUGCCGUGGAUUUUACUCUACCAACCAAGCGAAAUCAUGCAGCCUACGACGCCAAUAUUCCAGAACAUUUCGAUGCUCGUGAAAAGUGGCCAAUGUGCCAGUCGAUUUCAGUGAUUCGUAAUCAGGGUUCGUGCGGAUCCUGUUGGGCCGUGGCUGCUGUUAGUGUGAUGUCCGACCGCCUAUGUAUUCACUCGGAUGGCAAAUUGAAUGUGGAACUAGCAGCUGAGGAUUUGAUGGCAUGCUGCAAAGACUGUGGCAAUGGAUGCAACGGUGGAUUUUUGGAUGGAACUUCGUUCCAAUAUUGGGUUGAUGCUGGAUUGGUUAGUGGAGCACCAUACAAUACCACCGACGGAUGCAAACCGUAUCCUUUUAAGCCAUGCGAGUAUCCAUUUACUGAUUGUCACCGAGAAGAAAGCCCUAGGUGUUCGCAUCACUGCGUCGAAGGAUUUGACGGCAAGUAUCGGAAAAACAAGUUCUACGGUAGUUUAGCAUACAAAAUACCAAACGACGAAAGGAUGAUUCGUUUAGAAAUCAUGACCAACGGCCCAGUGGAAGCAGGAUUCGCAGUACACGAGGAUCUGUUCCUGUAUAAAACUGGUGUGUACAAACACGUGGCUGGAAAGCAGGUCGGAAAGCACGCGAUCCGCAUUAUCGGCUGGGGCAAGGAGCAUGGGAUGCCCUAUUGGCUGAUCGCCAAUUCGUACGGUACAGAAUGGGGUGAAAAGGGUUUCUUCAAGAUGCUACGCGGAUCGAAUCACAUCGGAAUUGAGGAAACAGUAAUCGCUGGACUACCAAGGGUGUGAUCCAUGCCGACGAGCAUUGUAGUGUUGUUAAUUAAAUCGGAUGUAGUUAUUUGACUGAAAGCAAUCGUUUGUAAAUACUAAUUGAGCAGAAC